AUGGCUGUACAUUUUGAAUGCUACCCUCCAAAACGGUCAUCUUCGAGUGCUCCAGCACUUACUACAAGUGUGUGUUGCUCGAGUAUCAGCUCCUGUGGUUCAUCAAAACCACCAGGAACCACCACCGGAAGUAACAUAUUUGUGGAAUUUCAAUCUGAUGGAACACAAAAUUCUUAUGAGAAUGGGUUUCAAGUAUCCUUUUUAACUGGAAAGGAUGAAUCCAAUUGUGCAGUGUCAGGAGCAAACAACGUUGUUACACUGACUACUGAAACACCCUUGACAUCUCCAAAUUUUCCCGCCAAGUAUCCACUGAAUUUCGAAUGUACGAAUACGUACACAAAUCCAGGCGGCACAGUUACAGUUCAGUUGAAGUAUCUUGAUGUUGAGGAAGACACCAGUAGCCCCGGUGCUUGUUUUGAUUCUGUGGAGAUUUUUGAUGGAGUUUCGACCAGUUCCUCCUCAAUAGCAAAACUUUGUGGAACCACUGCUCCCACUCAGCCGUACACUUCCACAGGGGAAAGUCUCACCAUAAAGUUCUCCAGUGAUAAAGCAGGGACCAGAAUAGGAUUUUAUGCCGAUGUAGCCCCUGUCGAACGUCUGCUUCUACAGCUGUACAGCUGUGUUGUUUAUUGA